AUGCAACUGACGACAAUUCACCGUGCAUUAAAAUUUGCUCAAACUGCUUGGUUAAAACCGUAUAUCGAUUUGAACACUGAAUUGCGAAAGAAAUCCAACAAUGAAAUUGAAAAAAAUUUCUUCAAGCUGAUGAAUAACGCUGUCUUCGGGAAAACUAUAGAAAAUGUGAGAAAACAGAAAGAUGUCAGACUCGUGACAAAAUGGGAUGGAAGAUAUGGCGCCAAAGCUUUGAUUGCUCAACCGAAUUUCCACAGCUGUACGAUAUUCGAUGAAGAGGAGAAUUUGGUCAUCAUCCAAUUGAAUCGCAACGAAAUAUUCUUCAAUAAACCCAUUUACAUUGGAUUCUCUAUCCUUGACACAUCAGAGACAUUCAUCUAUGAUUUUCAUUAUGAAUAUGUUAAGACGUUUGGCGAUCGAGCGAAAUUAUUAUACACUGACACAGACAGUCUUCUGUAUCAAUUCAAUGUUCCAGACAUUUAUGAAUACAUCAAACAUGAUAUGUCUAAGUUCGAUAUGUUAGAUUAUCCUGAGAAUAAUGAGAAUGGUAUUCCAAGAGUCAAUAACAAAUGCAACGGGAAAAUCAUGAGUGAAUUUGUUGGCCUACGAGCCAAGUCUUAUACUUUCAAAAUUCAAGGAGAAAAUGAAGAAAAGAAGCGAGCCAAAGGUGUCAAAAGUUCAGCCUUGAAAAGCAUUCCAUUCGAGGAUUACAAAGAAUGUCUCUUUCAUAAUCAGAAUUUAGUUAAAUCCCAGUAUUUAAUUAGGAGUAAGAAACAUAAUGUUGAGAUGAUUCACCAACGGAAAUUAGCUUCAAGUUGGAAUGAUGAUAAAAGGAUACUUUGUCCCAAUACUACUGAUACUGUACCAUAG